GUAUUUAGUUUAUUCCCGUGCGCCUUACAAGACGGUGCUAUCUGGAAGUUAUUUCAAAAAAAAAAAAAACAAAGUGUUUUUGAACAGUUAGUGUGCUCUGUGGUCGAUACUAUAAAAAAAAUAUAUUAAUGCUAAUUAGAUGGCUUUUAUGAGUGGCCUUUGGAAUUCCCUCGUUGGCCUCAACGAAAAAGAAGUUUCCUGGCAAGAUAUAAGCCAGUUCUAUUUGGAUACGACGAAGAAAUAUUUCUCUGUAUCCGAAGUCGAUAAAGAGGAAUCGCCAACAGUUUACGCGGAGACACACAAAAUAUCCUUCAACAAAAGCGCUUUUGGAUACACAUUCACUCCACUCAACUUUGUGACGAUCUAUCACAUUGAUUCCAGAAAAGCCGAAGUAAAGAUGCCCAGCGGCCACAUUGACCAGCCCGUCAUUGAAGAUAACCGCGAUGGUACCGUCAGCAUCAAAUACGACCCUCGCGAGGAAGGCGUUCACGAGCUCUACGUCAAAUAUAACGGAGAGCACGUUCAAGGCUCCCCGUACAAGUUCCACGUGGACUCCAUUUCCUCGGGCUACGUAACCGCCUACGGUCCAGGUCUGAUCAAUGGCGUUAGUGGAGAGCCGAGCCAGUUCACCAUCAGCACGAAGGGCGCCGGUGCCGGUGGACUGUCUAUGGCCGUUGAGGGUCCUAGCAAAGCUGAGAUAACUUGCCACGACAACAAGGACGGCACAGUCUCUGUGUCUUAUCUGCCCACCGCUCCCGGGGAGUACAAGAUCUCGGUCAGGUUCGGCGACAAACACAUCAAGGGUUCACCGUUCGUGGCCAAGGUGACCGGCGAGGGCCGAAAGAGGAAUCAAAUCUCUGUCGGGAGCUGCAGCGAGGUCACACUACCCGGUAAAGUCAAUGACGAUGACAUUCGCAGUCUCAACGCUUCCAUCCAGGCUCCUUCCGGCCUUGAGGAGCCGUGCUUCCUCAAACGGUUGCCGUCUGGGAACAUCGGCAUCAGCUUCACACCUCGCGAGGCCGGCCAGCACAUCGUCUCCGUCAAGAAAAUGGGCGUCCACAUCCAGAACUCUCCUUUCAACAUCACCGUCCACGAGCAAGAAGUCGGUGACGCUAAGAAAGUUAAGGUCUCCGGAACUGCUCUGAAGGAAGGCAAGACUCAGUGCGAGAACACGUUCUCCGUGGACACCAGGAACGCUGGCUACGGCGGUCUCUCCCUCUCCAUCGAAGGUCCCAGUAAAGCGGAAAUCCAGUGCGCUGACAGCAAGGAUGGCGUGCUGGCGAUCAGCUACAAGCCCACAGAGCCGGGAUACUACAUCGUCAACCUUAAAUUCGCUGAUCACCAUGUCGAGGGAUCUCCCUUCACCGUCAAGGUGACCGGUGAAGGCAGCAACAGACAGCGCGAGAAGAUUCAGAGGCACCGCGACUCCGCCCCCCUCACCGAAGUGGGCACCAACUGCAAACUGACCUUCAAAAUGCCUGGUAUCACAUCAUUCGAUCUGGCCGCCACCGUGACCAGUCCUGGGGGAGUCUCUGAAGACGCCGAAAUCCAGGAGGUCGAAGACGGCCUGUACUCCGUUCACUUCGUGCCCAAGGAACUUGGCGUUCACACCGUCUCUGUAAAAUACAGGGAAAUCCAUAUUCCCGGAUCUCCGUUCCAGUUUACCGUGGGUCCUCUCCGCGACUCCGGCGCUCACUUGGUGAAGGCCGGCGGUGGAGGUCUGGAGCGAGGAGAAGCUGGCAGAUUCAAUGAGUUCAACGUUUGGACCCGUGAGGCUGGCGCCGGACAGCUGGCCAUCUCCCUGGAGGGGCCCAGCAAGGCGGAGAUCGACUUCAAGGACAGGAAGGACGGAUCCUGCGACGUGUCCUACAAGGUCGACGAACCUGGCGAAUACCGCAUUGGUUUGAAGUUCAACGAGCAACACAUCCCUGACUCGCCCUUCAAGGUGUACAUCUCGCCGGCUGCCGGAGACGCUUAUCUCCUCGAAGUGGCCCAGUUCCCGGACUCGGCUCAAGUGGAUAAGCCAACCCAGUUCUACAUUAGGAUGAACGGCGCCAAGGGCAACCUGAACGGGACGGUCAUUUCGCCAUCGGGCAAGACCGACGAUUGCUUCAUCCAGAACAUCGAUGGCGACCAGUACUCGGUGAGGUUCAUGCCAAGGGAGAACGGAGUCCACAACAUCAACGUGAAGUUUAACGGUGUUCACAUACCUGCUUCGCCUUUGAGGAUUAAGGUCGGCAAGGAUGACGCUGAUCCGGCAGCGGUUCACGCUCACGGACCCGGUCUGGGAACAGUCAAGACUGGUGCCAAAACUGACCUUAUUAUUGACACCUGUAACGCUGGAGCUGGCAUCCUCGCCGUCACCGUGGACGGACCUUCCAGAGUCUCCAUGGACUGCACCGAAGUCGAAGAGGGUUAUAAGGUCCGCUACACUCCUCUAUCUCCAGGCUUCUAUUACAUGAGCAUCAAGUAUAACGGAGCUCACAUCGUCGGAUCUCCCUUCAAAAUCGAAGCUACUGGUGGUAAUCUGGCUGAGAUCGGUGCCCAGGAGACCUCGUCGGUGACAGUCGAAACCGUUCAGAAAGUGUCGAAGGCUGCCCAGAAGCAGGGGCCAGUGUUACCGCACUUCAAGUCCGACGCCACCAAGGUCACGAGCAAGGGAAUGGGUCUGAAGAAGGCUUACCUCAACAAGCACAAUCAGUUUACAGUUCACGCCGGAGACGCUGGUACCAAUAUCCUGUACGUCGGCAUCUACGGACCCAAAGGUCCUUGCGACGAAGUCCAGUUGAAGCACAAGGGCAAGAACAACUACGAAUGCUGGUACGUCGUCAGGGACAGGGGAGACUACAUUGUGAUCGUGAAGUGGGGGGAUGACCACAUUCCCGGAUCCCCUUACAAAGUUGAGGUUUAAGGGUUUAGCAGAGCAGCAUGCAAGGCUCUUAACUGCUAAGAGUUAAAUUGCACACUUUAGAAAGUUUGGUCCAACUUAAAACUUAAACGAUUAUAUCGCUCAUACGGUGCUAUGAAGUCACUUAAGCAAUUUUUAUUAACACUGAACUGACUAUGAGAAAAUACAUUUUUUUAAUAGUCAUUAGUGAGACAAGAGAGACUUUGCUUUUACUGGUAAAUUUUAAUUUUGUAGUUUAAAUUAUAUCAUUCUAUUCCUAUAGUCUAUCUAGCAGAACUAUUUAUUUAUUUUAUUUUAUUUUAUAUAUUUUGUACACACAGCUGUUAGAAAAGAUACGACAAUAAGGAUACAGAGUACAAGGGC